AUGGUCCAUUGUCAGAUCGGGUCUGGCAUAAUUGCUACCUUUUGGCAUGACAACUGGACUUCCUUUGGUCCCCUAAUUGAGCUGGUAGGGGAAAGAGGUCCUCUGGUCACAGGCAUCCACAUUGAUGCGGUCAUCUCGGAAGCGCUGAAUAGAGAAGGGUGGUGGUUGGAUCGCAGUCGUAGUAGAAGCCCUACGAUAACCUUGCUGCGAGCCUAUCUUCCGAAUGCACAAGAAGUUAUAAACUCUGAAGUGGAUGAUACUUUUGUUGGUUUCCAGAACUUGGAAGAGGAGAUGGGAGUUUCUCGGCCAGUGCGACUUGGAGAGCGCUCCAUCACUACCCGACGGUUGUCUUUUUGGCAUAAAGCGGUCUGGUUUACUGGGAGAAUUCCUAAACACGCUUUUAUUACCUGGAUCGCUGCUAGAGAUCGAAUGGUUACGAGAGAUAGACUGAGAAGCUGGGGUCUAACGGUUCCUGCUAAUUGUGUCUUGUGCUCUACACAUCAGGAAUCAAGGAAUCAUUUGCUUUUUGAGUGUGCUUAUAGCGCCCAUGUCUGGUCUUUUUUCGUUUCUCGAUUGCAUCUCUCCCCUCCUCAAGGGUUUGAAGCGAUCUUGAGAUGGUUGACAGCUCCUUCAAGGGACACCAACGUUGCCUUGAUAGUCAGACUUAUCUUUCAAGCAGUGUUAUACCUGAUUUGGAAGGAAAUGAAUGGGAGAGUGCACACUUUGGUGGAAAAGUCUGUGAGGGCUAUUAUCGCUGAGGUAAAACAGCUUAUCAGGUUGAGGUUGGAUCCAGUUGCGCACAGACAGGUCUUGGAACCAUGGCAAUUAUCAGUGCUUGCGGUGUGGUUGCUUCAUUUUGCUGAGUAG